AUGGGGAGGAGUGCAUGGCCAUUCGUCUUGCUAACCUUUGCCUCUGCACUUUCCUCCUACUUGGCUGAAGUGGCCUUAGGGGUCGAACUGUCUCCAGAAACCACGCCCUUCCACCAUAUGGUUAUUUCUGCUCAGCCACCUUCCCUGUAUCAUUCUUCACCCCAUCAAGGCACCACAGUUCAUUUUAACAGCACAAGCUCUCUUAAAACGGCACCCACAAGCCAUAGAACGACUGUGCAGACAGAGGAGCACCAAGUAACAACAGCAUCAGGCCAACACACGGCAGACCAGGCAGGAGCAACCACCAUACAAGUGACUAGUCAGAAAUCUUCCACGGUGGUAUCCACAACCUCAGCAGGCAAUACAACUGCAGCUGGCCAGGCCACAACCCGGGCAAUGGAAACGGGUACGCCUGCGGUGGAGAACACAACUGUACACCCUACGUCCUCACCCAAGCAAGCCAGGACACACGUGACCACAGAAGUUACAGUGACGGCCACAAACACAACCACAAAUACAUCAAAUACACAAAUGACAUCUGCUGCUGCAACAACUACAGCCUUCACCAUGCAAACUGUAAAGCCCACCACAGGGUCAGGAAAUCAAACAACAGCACCUAAAAGUCCAACAGCCACGGCCAUGACCAACACAACAACCGUUCAUCCAAGGACUCAGACAACCACCCAAUCUACUACGAUGACAAUGAGAUCCACCCUUGCACCACAGCCUUCUCCCAUCCCCACUGGAACAUACACUGUUUCCAAUGGGACCAGGACCUGCAUCAAAGCAGUGAUGGGUUUGCAGCUGAUGGCUCAGAAUACAGAGAAGAAGCAGAUGGAGUACAUGGCUGUCAACCCCAACGCCACGGAGACAUCUGGAAGCUGUGGGAUGGUGCAGUCCGAGCUGACCAUCACUUUCAGUGGAGGGUUUAUAAACUUCACCUUUGUAAAGCAAGCUCCAACAUACUACGUCAGUAAAAUUGAGACCAGAUUGCAGUUACCUUCUGGAGGUAUGCUUUAUUAUGGAACCAUACAAAAGAAGCUGUUUACAACAAAGCUGGGGAACUCCUUUAAGUGUAUCAGCAAGCAAACCUUCAGCUUGGAGAAGAACUUCCAGCUACUCCUUGUUAAUAUGCAGCUGCAGGCAUUUGAUAUUGUCAGUAACCAGUUUGGAAAAGAGGAAGAAUGUUUUCUUGACAGAAACAGCAGAGCAGCUCCCGUCGCAGUGGGCCUGAGUAUCUUGGGAUUGUUUGUCAUUGUAUUUGUCACUUUCCUGAUUUCCAGAAGAAAGUCACAUAGAGGAUACGAACGUAUCUGA